CGGUAACCUAACCAAAUCGGAAUACAGAUUUCUUUUUGCACUUUUGAUUUAAUCCUCGAUUGCUGUUAGUUUUGUCAUCAGAUUAGGAGGUAUAUAUGGAUACUUCUUCUUGGGAUGGAAGCCUUUCCAAGACUGAGUUCGAUCUUGCUGUAAGAUCUUUUGCAGAAAAAUGGAAAAGGAACAACACUGAUUACCCACCGUGGUUAUGGGUUUCUUGUCCGAAGCAACCUUGGCUUCCUUCUCAUGAUGUGGAGGGUUACUCGAGUCUGGAGAAGAUUCGGCUUUAUAAUCAUGGAUCAAGUGAGGAAGAUAGCGACAGAGUGACUCAGAGUGGGGAAGAAGAGACCACUUGUGGGAAUGAGGAUGCUAUAGAUAGUGCCAUGCUGGUUCAGAGCAGUCAUUCUGAAGUAUAUUACUAUGAUCUUCAUGUGGUUUAUAGUGCCUCAUACAGGGUUCCGGUGCUAUAUUUCCGUGUUUACGGCAGUGAUGGUCGACCUUUGGCAUUGGAUGAAAUUGAAAAAGUCCUUCCUUCCUGCUCUGCUAAGAUUUUGCUGGAAUCAAAAUGGACGUUUAUAACUCAGGAGGAACAUCCUUACUUGCACAGGCCAUGGUACAAAUUACAUCCAUGUGGGACCAGCGAGUGGAUGAAGCUGAUGUUGGUUGGGGAUGCUUCGGUGGCAAACCUUGAAUCGGUAAUUGAACUUUAUCUUGUGUCCUGGCUCUCAUUUGUCGGGCAGGUGGUUGGACUAAGGGUCCCUUUUAAAAUGUUGGAUGAUAAAGCUGAUUGAUAUUUGAUACAUAUCUAGAACAAGAAAUUACCAUGGAACUCUUACUAACCCUUCUCAAACACAUUUGAUCUUGUAUUUUAUUGAGAUGAAAAUUUACACCAA